UCUCCUACACGCUUUUUGUGCGUCUGCGCGCUGCUGGAACACAGUUCUGGUCUCCGUUGCCCGGGAAGGACGUUGGUGUUGGGGACAGUGACUACCAUGAGUUCCAGCGUGCUGGCCAAGCCUCAGAUGCGUGGUCUUCUGGCCAGGCGUCUGCGGAUUCACAUUGUUGGAGCAUUCUUUGUCUCCGUGGGGGUUGCGGCUCUCUAUAAGUUUGGUGUGGCUGAACCAAGAAAGAAGGCAUAUGCAGAUUUCUACAAAAAUUAUGAUUCCAUGAAAGAUUUUGAAGAAAUGAGGAAGGCUGGUAUCUUUCAGAGUGCAAAGUGAUUUAGGAAUAAAAAGGUUUCUAUGGAUUGAGUUCCAUAGACAUUUGUCAGUGACAGUGUUCCUGAAUUGUGAAACAUCAUAUGUGGGCUAAGGAAUACUUAGUCCCUCAUGACAAAUAAACACUUGUGUGAACAGUAAA